AGCCCCCUUCCGUCCAUCCCUUCCCCCCCUUUUUAGCCGUCACCGCGCGCACGCGUAUCAUCCGUUCCUCCCGUUCGCCAUGUUGGGAGGGGGGGGAGUUUUUUGCGGCGCAUGCGCUUAGAAGCGCCCAGGGUAGAGACAGAAAGAGAGAGGGCAAAAGCGGCUUAGCUACUGGUGUGCUGAGGGCGGCGGCCGCGACGUAUAGACGUCGGUCUCUCGGCUAGCGCGCGCUGUACGCGUCAAGCUCUGCGGCGGCGCAGCAGCAGCAGCACCAGUAGCCGCCGCGUCGUUGUCGCUGCUGCCCGUCCGAAUGAAAGGGAAGGUCCCGGCGGACGGGCGAGCGCCUUCGAAGCCAGCGGUGGUCUCGCUCUCGCUCUGAGGGGCUCCUCCCGCCUCUCUUCCUCCCACCCGCUCCCGCCUAGCCGGCCUGGCCCAGUACGUGGUUUCUUCCGCCUCUUCCAGUUUUGUCUUCACAACAGCCUUGUGAGUUCUUUGUCUCAUUGGCAAGGAUUGAAGUGGUAUUCUUCAAGCCAUGUCUAGCUCAGCUGGGCAGAAGAAGGGACCCAGGAGGCAGCGCAAGUGUGGUUUCUGCCGGUCCAACAAAGAUAGUGAAUGUGGGCAGCUGCUGCUCUCUGAAAACCAGAAGGUGGCAGCACAUCAUAAGUGUAUGCUUUUCUCAUCAGCCUUGGUAUCUUCUCACUCUGAUAACGAGAGUCUUGGAGGCUUUUCCAUUGAAGAUGUACAAAAGGAAAUAAAAAGAGGUACCAAGUUGAUGUGCUCCUUGUGCCACUGUCCAGGGGCAACUAUCGGUUGUGACGUCAAAACCUGCCACAAGACAUAUCACUACUACUGUGCAUUGCAUGAUAAGGCUCAAAUCCGAGAGAAACCCUCCCAAGGCAUUUACAUGAUAUUAUGUCGAAAGCACAAGAAAGCGCCACACAACUCUGAAGAUUUAGAAGAAGGUCUAAAUGAACAUGAGUUAGAGCUGUCCCCUCCUAAAAAGAGGGGGCGCAAAGGAAGGCCCAGAAAAUUGAGUCUCAAAGGGCAGUCAGAAGAUGCUCGAUCAACAUCUUCGCAUGGCACAGACGAUAUAGAAAGCAGUUCUUAUAGAGACAGAUCACCCCACAGAAGCAGUCCCAAUGAUACAAAACCUAAAUGUGGAUUCUGUCAUGCAGGUGAAGAAGAAAAUGAAGCUAGAGGGAAGCUUCAUAUAUUCAAUGCCAAAAAGGCAGCUGCACAUUACAAGUGCAUGUUAUUCUCUUCUGGGACCGUACAGUUGACAACAACCUCAAGGGCAGAGUUUGGUGAUUUUGAUAUUAAAACUGUACUUCAAGAAAUCAAGCGAGGGAAAAGAAUGAAAUGUACCCUCUGUAGUCAGUCUGGCGCUACUAUUGGAUGUGAAAUUAAAGCUUGUAUCAAGACUUACCAUUACCACUGUGGAGUACAAGACAAAGCAAAAUACAUUGAGAACAUGUCACGAGGAAUUUACAAGCUUUACUGUAAAAACCAUAGUGGGAACGAUGAGCGAGAUGAAGAGGACGAAGAGCGAGAGAGCAGAAGCCGCGAGAAAUCUGUAGCAGACCAUAGUGGAGUUCCUCAGCAGCAGCAACUCAAUGGAAACUAGGUUCAAGUGACAGAGGUUAAACUGGGAAUGAAUAAGACAUCCAUAAUUACUAACCUUUGUUUUAAAAAAAAUGCUUUAUAAAGUCGGAAAAGGGUUAGUAAUUUUUUUUUACUGCCUGACUGUUAGAAAUGUCAUUGAACUGCCAGAAAUGUUCGUGUGUGUGAGCCUUUGAUGCGCAGCAGAGGUUUUUUUUUACAUGUCAAUAUUAUGUAGUUAGACUGCAGUGUCUGGAGAAAACACACACACCCUGAAACACUAUAUAAAUGAGAUGUAAUGUGUACAGUGUCAAAACUGAGUCAGACAUUGAAAUAGUAAGCUUGGUUUCUGGACUGAAUAAAAUUUCUGAGAUAUGGGAUAUGUUAAGUUCAAUGGAUUUGUGCACCACAGGAAGGUCAGAAGUUUAACUUGCAAAACAGACAUGCUUGUGGCAACAGCAAGGCUGUAAAUGAGUGCAUUUUGCAUUUACCUUCGCUUACAAACUAUGGAGGCAAAGCAGGAGGGAAGCUGUUGAUCCCUCUUUUGCAAAAGCACAGUAGGAAAAAAAAGAUUUCUGCAGCUCCAGAAGCAUGCUUGAACCAUUUGGGUUGUUCCUGCUAAGUUGGUUUCUACUGCCUAGCAUUCCUUGCUAGGGACAACUCAAGCUGCUGUUGACUAUAAGCUGUGAGCUUCAGUACUCAUGCCAAAGGGCUGUAGUUCAUUCUCUUCCCCCGCCCCACCCAUCCACCAUCUCUUCUGCUGUCCCUGCUUUACCAACAACCCAUGGCUAAUUGCAACUGAAAAUGGAGUGGUCACUUCUGGAGGUUGAGGACUCCCCACAUCUCUUAGAUUUCAAAGUUACUGCUUAACUCUCACAAUGGCAUUUGGCCACCUUUAUUGGACAUCAUACCUCAAGUGCUCUGUGCUGCGUGGAACACAUCAUGUUUUGUCCAAAAAAUAUAUAUAUACAGAUCCCGUAUGCUGUAAGAAGAAUGCAGAAUAAGACUCUGGAGUUUUGUUUUGUUUUUGUGUUCUUUUUAAAAAGAGGUCAGUAUUUAUUUUGAGUCUUGUGACCACUGUAUGAGAAUGUUUUAGUAUUUGAUUAAGGUUUUCUGGCAGAUCAGCAAGUUGAUGAAUGCUGUUAAAAUCUACAGAGUGCUCUGUUGGAGCCCAGUUUAGCUUGAAAUUAUGCCAAGUCUUAAAAUCCUAGUUAUGAUGUCACCAUUGAAUCCUGGUAUUUCCAGUCAUUUCUUCUGUUUGGUCUAGUGAAGCCUAUUGUUUUCAACACAACCCAGAUAGUCAUACUUGUUAGCAAACUACCAAGUUCAUUCUAAAUUUUGUUAUCUCUUGACUUUGAGUCAAAGGAGCAAAUAGAAAGAAAACAGAAAGGUUCGCUAGCAGUGGAUACCACAAAAACUCCAUGAUAAUGAUCUGUGUAUGAAGCCUUGUUUAAUUUCAUUUUUUAUUUUUAAUCUUGUCUUUUUUAAAUGCAUUUCAUUGUCUCAAGGGACUCAACUAUUGUGUAUAAGAACUUCAAAGACUCUCUCAAGUUGGAAUUCAAUCCAUUUGGGUUUGAAAACUUCCUGGAAGAAUGCAGUUUUAGUAGAAAAGUUGUGUAUAAAAAUAAAUCUGUUAACUGCUCUUAUGCCAUUGACCAAUUUUUUUUAUUUUGUAUUGUAACUUUCAAGAUUAAAGGCGCAACUUGUACUGAAAUAGAUUUCUACCAGGCUGUGCACUCUUUCAAAAGCAUGGGUUUUAUAUGA